AUGGCAGGAAACACCGAGGGAAAUGCCGCCAGAAGUGGUCUGACUCAACCUGGCGGUGUUAAGGCACCUGCGGACACAAGCAGAGAGGACGAUGCCCUUCGCUACUCCUUGUUCCUCACCCAAGUCUGCAUCAAGAUGUUCUGGCGCAGCCUCUACGCGGUCGUGGUCGUUACCCAAAAGAAGACGGAAGACGACGAUAUUAUCAUCUACAUCCUCACCAGCAUCCUCUUCGCCGCCGAUGCUAUUGUGCAGAUGGCUCUCGUGGUCCAAAUUUUCGACUACCGCAAAGAGAAGCCGACUCACCCACUGGUCUCCCACGCGGGAUGCGGCGCUGCGUUCGUCUUCGCCUACACCCUCUGUUUCCUCCCUGCUGCAGCGAGCAUCAUGGACGUCUUCAGGGUCGCCUCCUGGAUCGGCUUCAUGUUCAACCUGGGAUGCCUGGUGGAGCUGGAGCUGGGGCCGUUCCAGAAAUGCGUCGUCGCGCUCACCGACGCCCGCGCUGGUCGAUGUGUGAUGGAGUCAAGGGCGGGGGAGGCCAAACAGUCUUAA